AUGCUAGCCAAUUCCCCAUACACAAAGUUUAUCCGUGACACUCUAGCUGGUCUCGCUGGAAACCGUUACGAGUUGUUGGCUAUGUUGUGCUGGGCUGCUGAGUUUUGCUCCAACUCUGAGAAUGAGUUAGAUGUGUCUCUUGGUCAGGAGAAUGACAAGGGUGAACCUGUGACUCUUGUCUUUUCCGACAACCGCGGCCGCGACAGCGACGACGAGGUUGUCGGCAGUUUUGACAUUCGGGUUCGCAACUAUCGCUAUCUCUAUCAUCUGGCCGGGACCCGAGGUCCGACCUAUCCCCUGUUAUCGCUAGGACGACCUUACUGUUAA